AUGAUCAAAUGUAAUCAAGAAAUAGAAAUGAAAAAAUUACGUUUACAAAGUUUAGAUAUUGAAUUUUGUCUACCCCUAGGUGAUUCAUUCUGUACUGAACUUGUCCCGAAUAGUUUCUGUUCAAUUGAAAAAAAUGAAUGUUUCUGUAAAUAUGGUUAUUAUUCAAUUCAAGAAGAUGAUGGUAUCAUUUGUAAAACAUUAUUAACAAAUGAUAAAUGUCAAUUGGAUAGUGACUGUAUAUAUGUGAAAAAUAGUAUUUGUCAUCCUGGUGCUGGAGCAUGUAUUUGUCCAUCUGGAACUAUUUAUGUACCAGAAGAACAAUCAUGUAGAUUUCAAAUCAAAACAUUUACAAAUGAUUUCUGUGAUAAAUGUGAACGUUUCCAUGGUUUAUGCUACAGAUAUGAAAACGACCGAGAAUUAAGUCACAACAACAAAAGAAUUCUAUAUGGAUGUAAAUGCCCAUACAAUACAGUUUCAAUUAAUACUAACCUCCUAUGGAAUAAACCAUAUAUCAAUCAAUCUAAAACAUUAGUCUCUAUUAAUAGUACAGAAAUAAUAAACUAUAUGAGUGAUAAAGAGAAUAGUGGCUUCUGCCGAGGUUUGUUAGUUGACAUUGGUAUGUUCUGUAACCAGAUCGAUAUGUUAUGUCGAUCAUCAAACGCUUUUUGUUCAAAUGGGAAAGUGAUCAAUAAUAUCUAUUUAUCACCACAGUGUAUUUGUCAAGAUGGAUAUUUACCAAUUUAUCAAGAAUAUUUAGAUUAUUAUGAAUGUAUUCCAGUUUGUGAUAGAUGUUACUCAAUGAAGCAACAUCUUCGUCAAAAACAUUGCGUAUGUCCAGAAGUUGUCCUACGAAAUCAAAUUCACAAGAUCUAUGAAAUCAGUAAAAACAUCCAAGACAAUAUAUUUCAUCUUUCUGCUACACAACAAAACAUCACAAUCUGUUUUAAUCUUUCUAUGGAACAUCAAUCUUCUAUUUUUAUAAAAAAUGAUACAACACAUUUGAUUGUUUUCAUUUCAAAUCAAUUAAAUUCACCAUAUCCAUAUGAUACUUGUCUAUUAAGUAUGUUUAAAGAAGGAACAUGGUGUAAAACAUUUAAUUAUUCUAAGAAUUAUAAUAUUUUAACAAGAUGUGCAUCUAUUCAAAUUCAUCAUAAAAAGAAAGAGAUUACUUUUAAAGCAUUUGUCAUUGUUUUAUAUCAAUCAGCAUUUGAUUUUAUAAUUAGAGAUAUGCGAUAUUUCAUUUCAUUUACAUCAUAUUGGAAUGAAGACUAUAUUACUAUAGAUUCAACUGAUAUCAAAAUGAUUCAUGGAAAUUACACUACUAGGAAUCAGUCGAAAAGUUUAGAUAAACUUCACCAAAAUUUAAAAUUUACAAUUCAAAAUGAUUUAAACAAGAAAUAUCCACAAACUGUGAUUCAUACAAGAGAAACUUUACAUUUGCAAGUUCAGUAUUAUUAUCAAAAUAAUUCGUACACAUACAUCAGUAUUGAACAAUGUUCCAUAAGUCAAACAUCACCGUAUGUAAAAUCAGAUGAAAUUAUAAUUGUACAUAAAAAUUGUCUAAUAUAUUCACCUGAAGUUAUUAACGAAAUAAAAUUUCAUUCAAAUCAUUUAUCCACAUAUGCAAACUUCGCUAUUCCAUUGAAUAAAUAUACUUCUGUCAGUAGUAUGAAGUUAUUGACAAAUAUAACAGAAGCCAAUUCAUUUCAAUUGAAUUCUAAUGUAAUGGGACUUUAUUCAAACGCAAGUUUUACAGCCACAUCAGAACUACAUAUCAAUUGUAUAUUUCGUGUUUGCCAACACAUUAGAUGGUGUGUAUGGCCUUCAUAUUGUAAUGAUCAUAUGAGAUCGUUAGAUUAUGAUGUACAUCAAUCAGAUUUAUCGGAGAGUGAUAUGUUCCCAUCAAUAUUAAUGUUAACGAAAUCGUUGAAAAUUAAAAUUUCCAACUACAAUUCAAUAUCUCCAUCACCAUAUUCUUCUCCUUAUUCCCCUGUAUUUAUACAGAAUAAGAGUAUAAUAUGUCAAACUCCCUACAGUCAAUGUUGUUGUCAAUCCUUCUAUCGAUCUAAUCAUGAAAAAUACAAUGAUAAUCCAUUGAUUACCUAUAACUUAUGUAAUAAUCCCUUGAAUACUAAAGCUUCACAAUCCAUUAUCGAUGAAAAUGAUAACAAACAUUAUUCUAUGAAUAAUAUGCUUAAAGAUAAAUCUCAACAAAGUUAUCAUUGUUCACAAGUGAAAUGUAUUCAAUCCGAUUGUUCAAUUAAAACUCAUCAUGAUAGAUUUCAUAAUCAAGAGGAUAAUCUAUAUCAUCAUGAUACAUUAAAAGUGAUAAAUAUUCAAAAUUGUGAUGAUAAUGAUAAUGAUGUUGAUGAUGAUCAUACAAUUUGGGACAAAAUCAUCCCAGUUUGUUAUCAAGUGAACUCCAACUCAAAUAUUAUUGAAAUCUAUAAAAAUCAAUUAUCUUCAUUAUGUCAUUCACAACAAAAAAAUAUUCUAGUUCCUUGUUGUUUACAUAAUCAAAAUUUAUAUUUUCAUCAAUCAUAUUGGGAUAAUAAUACUAUUAAUAAGCCAGAAACUACUUACAAAUCUAUAAGUAGUACUGAUUAUAUGUGUUAUAAUAAAAAUUUUGAUGAUUUAACAAAUAUUGUUACAGUUAAAAAUGAUUUAUCUAGUGAUAAUCAUGAUGAAUAA